AUGGGUGUUAGAGGCUUGCAGGGAUUUGUGGCAAGAGUUUGCCCUGAUGCGUGCCAAACGAUAGAUCUGAGAGAAAUGGCAGAAAAGCAUCGCAUUGAUCAUCCUGAUUGCCCACCUGUUAUCGUAGUAGAUGCCAUGAGUUGCGUUAGACACUGGUACACACCAGAAUCCUGGGUGUGCGGUGGCCAGUGGCGGGAGUACCUUGCCAUUUUAGAGGACUUUAUCAAUGCUUUUAUGGCAGCUGGUAUCAAGUUGGUGUUUUACUUCGAUGGGGUGGUAGAAGAGAAAAAGAGAGAUGAGUGGAUCAAACGGAGGAUGAAAAAUACUGAGGAAAUAGCCAGAUUAUUUCAGUUUAUCAAGACUCACAGGAAACAACCAGGGAGAGAAAUGUUUGUUCUUCCUUCAGCUCUGCCUACUUUUACACGUUAUGCCCUGAAAUCACUCGGUCAAAAAACAGUCUGCACACUGCAAGAGGCAGACUUUGAGGUGGCUGCAUAUGGUUUGCAGCACAACUGUAUAGGAAUUCUGGGGCAAGAUAGUGACUACCUCAUCUAUAACACAUGUCCCUACUUUUCCAUUGAGAACCUCUGUUUGGACAGACUGGUCACUGUUAUGUAUUCUCGAGAAGUUCUUUGCCAUGUGCUGGGUAUUAGUUUAACACACCUUCCUCUCUUUGCAUGCUUGCUUGGCAAUGAUGUUGUUCCAGAGAGCAUGUUGGAAGGCUUUUGGCACAAAUGUUUAACCACCACUCCCCACAGGAAUAACAGCUACAACAGAAGAACAAACAUACUGCUGUCUGUAGCAAAUUACAUCUCAAAAAUUCCGUGCUCGUACAGCAGCCUGAAACACUUGGAAGAGAUUCUACCUCUGGGAUCAGACAAGACAUUGCUUUGUAGAGGAGUGAACUCCUAUCUUUUGCCUGGGCAGCAGUCUCCAUGGGUUCCUCCCAAUGAAACAAAUUGUCAAAUGUUUUCCCUUCAACAACAAUCAGCUCUCUGUCAAGAUAAAGAAAUCUUUCAGUUAGCUAAAGAACAGCAUAUCCAAUCUGAAAAUUAUUCGAUCUUCAAUAUCCUGAGUCAUGGAGAGAUUGAGUGCAGCAACUCCUUGGAAGAUGACUAUGAUACAGAGAUUCCUGGACAGGCACUUAUCUACCGCCCUGCUCGUCAGCAUAUUUAUUCUAUCUUGUUGGAAUCUGGAAAAGGUGGAACCUAUCCUUUGGUAAAAGAGUGGUUUGUCUAUUUUGGAAAUUCUCUCAAGCAGCCGGACCUCAUACAACCUGUACAACCUUCUCUUACAGGUGGAACACCUAAUUUGAAAACACUGUGGCUUGCCAAAGGGCCUGACGUGGAGAAGCAACGGUAUAGUACAUUUCUGGCAUGCUUUCACCUUCAAGAUGAGAUGGAAGAACUCCAGGCUCUGGAAGCACCUGUUGCAGGAUUCUGCUGCUUGCUGGCCUAUCUUAUGAUGCAGGUCAGUAGCCUCUCUCUGGAGGACUUAAAUGCAUUUCUGGCACUCAUUAUCUGUCUCAAAGGGAAAUCAGUAGCUCAACUGACAGGCCUGCAGCUUGCACAAGUAGACUCCAGGGCUGUACAUCUGGGUGCUGUCCUUAUCCGCGGCCUUACAACUUUGCUCAUGGCCAACAGUGCCUGCGGCUUUCCAUUCAGGAUGGAUGAUCUGAUGCCUUGGGCAGUGUUUGAUGGAAAACUUUUUCAAGAAAAAUACCAGAAGGCACACCAAGGUUGCUCUGUGGAAGAACUUUUGGAAGGCAAUGAGUCUUUGUACACACCCUUCCAGAAUUUGAAGUCUCUCAUUUGCAAGGUUUGCAUGGCAAAGAACAGAACAAUACAGAGCAGACCAAGAGGGAAUGGAUUUAACACAGGAAGAGAACAAAGAGUUUUUAAUCCCAGGUUCCAACAGCCACACAGAAGUCAUUUUGUUUCUCCAUAUCAUAACCAGAUGAGGGGGUUCACACAAAGACAUCUGCAAUCCCAAGGUGGAGGAUCAGGACAUCCACACUGGAGGAGACAUCACCUUCCUCCUUGUUCUAAAAUCAAGGGGGUGUCAAGAGAGGAGCCAGGCUCUUCUCGAUGGUGCCAAGCAAUAGGACAAAAAGCAAUGGGCAGAAAAUGAUGCACAGGAAGUUCCACUUGACUAUGAGGAGAAGUUCUUCACUGGGGAGGUGACCAAGCACUGGAACAUACUGUCCAGAGAUGUUGUGGAAUCUCCCUUGCUGGAGAUGUUCAAGAACCACCUGGCCUCAAUCCUGUGCCAUGUGCUCUAAGAUGACCAUGACUGAACAGUGAGGUUGGACCAGAUGACCCCCUGUGGUCCCUUCCAACCUGACCCAUUCUGUGAUUCUGUGAUUAUUCAGUAAUGUUGUUUCUUAGGCCUUGUGCAGGUGACUCCUUUGAGUCAACUGUCAGUGCACCUUCAUUCCUGUUUAGUAUCCAUAUUAUGUCAAAGUGAAUAGCAUUGUCAGACAUCUAUAACUCCAUUCUCAAUUUCCUCCCAUGUAUUUUUCUGUUUGUAACCCAAUAAAUAUAUUUUUCAUACUCUGUAUAUAGCAACAGUCCAACUAAAUAAAUAAGCAAUAAGGAUUUCUCAUUUUAUUAAAAGUCUGAGCAGACACCAUUUCACACAACACGGUGUCUUGAUUUGCAUUUCAGAAAAUGCACUGUCAUCAUAGGGGUAUUCCUGCUUCCUUUUUCAAUUGAUUUUCCACUGACUGUAAUUGUAUUAUCAUCAUUUUUUUACUAUCAUUUUUAUCCCUCCCUUCCAAGCCUUUUGAAAUAAUGUGGUCUGAAUUUUAUGGAAACUUCACUGGUUUCAGGGAUCUCAUAAUGUAUAAUAGUGUAUUUUAAAAGAAUGUGAUUGUGUGCCAGAAUUUGUUGGUAAUUCCCUCUUCAGGCUUUGAUAUGAGAAAAGAUGUCUGUUGUCCUCAAUAAACAAAGUUAAAUACA